GUCACACCAUUUGUGUAAUUGUGUUGGAGGACGCGCGAAUUGUUCAACUUGGUCGUCGUUGCCAUUCGAAAAUAUGGGAGACCUACUCAGCAACUCCGAGUUCUUCAAGAAGCUGGGCGUGGACAGCUCCAAUCAGUGGAUCCUCUACGAUGAGCAGAUGGAAAAGUUCUUCAAGUACCUGUCCGAGAACAUAACAGACGUGAAUAUCCUUACAGAGCGAGAGGUUCUCGAGCGCGCAGAGAUGCAGCAGCGGGGAGAGUGGCUGGACGCAUCUGAACGGGAGCAAAGGCUCAUGCAGAUCGAGUCGGAGAGCCCGGGACUCCUGAACUAUAGUCAGCAGGAUGUAGACGCCCUGACCUCGGAGAUCGAAGCUGUCGAGGAGGCAUCGAGGGAGUACGCCACGCUAUUGGAGGACAUGCUCAACAACGAGCACUCGAUAAACAAUCAUCUUACCGAACUGGAGUGCGCCACCUCUGAGCUUCAAACCAAGGAGAAGGAACUGAUCGCUGAGUGCCAGUCCCAAGCCAAGCAAUUGGAGGAGCUGCAGCGUGAGAAUUGCAGGCUGAGCACUGAGGCCAAAAAGGCCUUCACCUCCCAGCAGAUGCCCCCCGUCUUUAUGCACCAGCUGCCACUGGAGCAGUAUUUAAGCAAGUGUGACUCGUUCAUGCAGUUCUUCACUCUGUAUGUCAAGGAGAACUUCAAGAUACAGGAUUAUGAUGAGUUCCAGAGCGCUGAGGCAGAUCUGCUGCAGGAAAAGAACAAACUGGAGAAUUUGCAACGCGGCAUCCAGUAUUAUGCACUGUCCUACAUCAAGAAGAGGGCAAAGGCCAAGGCCACACAGGCCCUUAGUGAUCAGCUGGAUCUGAAGCAGAUUCACUGCCUUAGCCUGGCGGAAAUGGGGCGCGAGUUGCACGACCUGCAGCUGCACAAUGAGAACCAGCUGAGCAUACACGACACCCUCUUCAGUGAUAUCACAAACCACAUACAGCAGCAUACACAGCGGCGCAUAGAGCUCGUGCUCUUCGAGAAUACUAAACUGAAGCUGGAACGGGCGUUGCGGCGACACGAGAGCGACAAAAAGCUAACCAAAAUCAUAUCGGAUGCCCUGUCCAAUGCCGAGUUGCUGUGGAUCGCCAUUCAGCUGGACUGCGACAAGACACGCAACUGCUUGGACCCCUCGGAGGAGCUGCGGAGUCAGGCACAUGCUACGUUUCAGCGGGUUCAAACAAUGCGCUCCAUUAAUGCCAGCCACCAGGGUCUCAGUUCUCAGUUUGUGCAGCAGAUUUCCCAACUGUUGUCGGCCCACCUUGGGCAUACCGUCAAGGCUGCGGAGGCCAAGACUUGCCUCUUCGAAUACGAAAAGUUUGGACGCCUGCUCUCCUAUUCCUUCCAGAGCAUGCUCAACAAGAAGUCCUGUGUCACAGCCCAGGAUCAGCUCGCCGAACUCAAGCGCCUGGAACAGACCCUCCAACCGUUUGUCUACGAUUCGCCGAUUGAAAAGCCACUGUUGGAGAAUGUUCGGUAUCUAAAUCGCAUUUUCAAAGUCAGCCAGCAGCAUAGUCGCCUGGAAGAGGCAGUGCGAUCGCUGCGCACUGAUUUCCAGGAAAACGUUGUGGCCCGUAUGGACAGGGAUAAACUUUGGCGCUAUAGCGUGCUUCUAUGGAUCUGGUUCCUCACUGAGCCGCAACGCGUGAUGUAUGCCAUUGAGGAGGUGAAGAAGGUCGCCGCUGCUGUGGGCCGUCCUGGUGGCCGCCUGCAGCGCAAAUAAUUUAGUCGAAUCUGGUCAGUAAAUAAAUUGUACAUGAAUAAGAGUUUAAAAUUAAAAAAAAAUAUGUAUUUUUGUAGUAAUAAAUAUUUAAUUAUGAACAUA